UUUUUCUCUCUUUUAACUACAAGUCUACUACAACUUCCAAUAAGAGAGAAGAGACAGAGCAUUAAUGGAGUCACCAAGCCUUCCGAUGACGGCCAAAGACUGGACCACCACCAGUCUCCACCGUGUCUUCGCCAUGCAAGGCGGCGAAGAUGACCUCAGCUACGUCAACAAUUCCGAUAGCCAAGCUUUGGCUAUAACCUUAAGCAAACCAAUCCUUAUCUCAUCUCUCCAAUCCAUCAAACUCUUCUCCGACCAAACUCCCAUCAAAAUCACCGAUCUCGGCUGCGCCACCGGCUCCAACACGUUUACUACCGUUGAUACGGUGGUUGAGACGUUACAACGGCGAUACACUGCCAGGUGCGGUGGUGGUGGGUCGCCGGAGUUUGAGGCUUUCUUCUGUGAUUUGCCUUCUAAUGACUUCAACAUGUUGUUCAAGUUGUUGGCUGAGAAACAGAAAGUUGACUCGCCGGCGAAAUACUUCGCUGGCGGCGUUGCUGGUUCGUUCUAUGACCGGCUUUUUCCCAGAGGAACGAUUCAUGUCGCUGUGAGCUUAAGUGCCUUGCACUGGCUCUCUCAGAUACCGGAGAAAGUAUUGGAGAAAGAAUCAAGAACGUGGAACAAAGGGAAAACGUGGAUAGAAGGAGCAAAGAAAGAAGUAGUAGAAGCAUACGCAGAGCAAUCAGACAAAGAUUUGGAUGAUUUCAUGAGCUGUAGGAAAGAAGAAAUGGUGAAAGGAGGAGUGUUGUUUGUGUUGAUGGCUGGGCGUCCUUCAGGCUCAAGUAGUCAAUUUGGGGACCAAGAUACUCGAGCCAAACAUCCUUUCACAACUACCAUGGAACAAGCUUGGCAAGAUUUAAUAGAAGAGGGUUUGAUAGAUGAAGAAACAAGAGACGGUUUCAAUAUUCCGGCGUACAUGAGAAGUCCGGAGGAAGUGACGGCCGGAAUUGACCGUUGUGGUGGUUUCAAGAUAGGGAAAAUGGACUUCCUGAAAAUAGUUGAAUAUUCAGAUGAGAAACAAGAAGAGUGGAAGAAAGAUCCGGUUUCAUAUGGACGAGCCAGGACCAAUUUGGUUCAAGCUGCUAUUCGUCCUAUGGUUGAUGCUUAUCUUGGACCAGACCUAUCUCAUGAGCUCUUCAAAAGAUAUGAAAAUCGUGUUUCUACAAACCAAGAAUUUCUCCAUAUAACUUGUUUUUAUGGAGUCGUCGUGUUUUCCGCCAUCCGAGUUUAAUGUUGAUAUAAUUUAGCUAUAGAUUAUAGAUAUGAACGGAAACAUUUUUUUUUUAUGAACGGAAACAUAUGUUAUGCAAAAAAAAAAAAAAAACAGUUAUGCUUUGUUCGUUUCCAUGUAAGAUUUGUGGUAGUUCAUCAGAUGAAUUAUGUGCGCUUGUUUAAAUUUCUGAAGCUUGUAGGGUUGCAAAAAAAACAAAAACAAAAAC